UUCAAAUUUGGAAACAUUCCAAGAAAAGAAAGUGACACAACAAAAAGAAAUUAGAACACAACAAUAAAUGUUCUAUGACAAAGCGGCAUUGUGAUGUCAUAGAAUGUAAGGAAGGGGGGUUUACUAAGUAGUACUCAGUAGUACUCAGUUCAGAUCACACAGUCAUUCUUUUGCAGUAGUAAAGAGUACUUUCAAAAAAGACUUAAAGAUGAAUAUCCAAAGUUUCUGUUCGUAUGGACUGAAGUGCACACUGGAGUGUAUUUCCAAGGCAACACUUCUCUCACAACCUACUGACGUCCCUGGCUUUUUACUGCAGUAUUUGUCAGAGCUGAUCAGUUUUAGAGAAUCGUACCCUGAAACUGAUCCUAAGAUUGUUUCCUUCUCCUACCAAGAGAUGUGGGAGAAUAAGUUCCUGAAAACAACUGUUAGUCCGAUCACCACCACCAAGAAGUCACCAGAGGUUCCAUCUGAGACUGAACUAAACGAGGCCCUGAAGACACUCUACUUAGAUUUAGCGUCUUCAGGUGAACAAAAAAAGUUCAACCCGUUAAGAAAAGACAAAAAUCCCUCUGCAACUCCCAUGUUCUUAAAACCAGCACCACCCCCCUGCGUUGGAAGAAAGAUUGAGAAGACAGUAGCACCACCUGCCUUUGUUGUUAAGGGAGGAGAGAAGCCUGCACCACCACCCUGUGUUGAAAGAAAGUUUGCAAAGGAUGUAGUACCACCCGUCCUUGUUGUUAAAGGAGACGAGAAGCCUGCACCACCUCCCGCCAAUAUCAACAUGAAAACACGUAGAGUGUCCACAGUUAGAGUUCCUAGGCGACCACCGAGUGAAGCAACCAUAGAUGAUAUCGUGAAGACGCCAGGAACACUAGAACUAAAAACAAUUCAUAAAAAAACACCUACAGCUAAAGUUUUGACAUUGAGGCCCAUUAGUGACCCUUCCAAACUUCCCAAUAUCCCAAUACCAAAAGUGAGUCUUGUUCUUCCACCAAUUCCACAGAAGAAAACCAUAGGUUCCCUCUCACUUGAAAACAGGGAGGUGGUGCUAGAACGCAGAGCACUGGGGCCAUUAAAACGAGUUCCAAACCUUGAAGCAGGCAGAGUACCAAACACAGAGAGAGACAAGAUAAGACCAACAACACCUAAGGCCCAGCAGCCAAACAAGGAGUGGAAUAUGUCAAAUAGAUCACCAGAGAGGAAGAGGAUUCUGUGGACAGACAGAGAAAAAGUAAAGGCACUAGCAGAGAGGAAAGUUCAGGGUGCAGCCUUCAAUAGACCAGCUCCUGUAGUAGUGAGCACAAAUAAUUUUAAUCUGGCACUUACCCACACUUGCCCUCAUUUCGGGCCUUAUACCAUCAUAAGACACACACGUAUGCGGAAGAGAUCCUUACCUUUCGGAUGCAAUGGUCCUCAUUAAAUUCACAUCACAAUAGAUUUAGAUUAUGAUUAAGACUCUUACUUGGUGAUGUGAAUAAUUAACCAUUUAACCGUUAACCAGCAGUAAUCAUUUGGAUCAAUAUUUAGUACAAAAGUAAUAAUUAUAAAAAGUAAUUUAAAUAAUUAUUUUCUUUUGAAUGGUAAAAGAAAAAUAGGCUAUGUAUCCUAUUUCUGCCAGUUAAUUUGCUACUGCAAACUGUGACGUAUUAAUGACAAUAUUAUAUUAUUAAAUGCCAAAAAAUCCGCGUAGGGAGGUUUGUUGGGGUGGUGGAUGGGUCAAACAACACAGGACUUUCACCCUGGAGACUUGGGAUUGUGUCCUGGCAUGUAGUGUGUUGUUUCCCCGUUCUUCUUUUUCCUAAACCCAACUGGUGCGUCCCCCAGAGACCUCUGCUCGUUUCCCAACAUGUAGAGUGUUGUUUCCCCUUUGUUCUUUUCCUAAACCCGAUCGUUGCGUCCCCCAGAGACCCUGGCUUGUAUCUCGUGUGUGGCGUGUCUUUUCACCGAUCUUAUUUUCUGAAAUUGAUUGCUUCCCAUUACGUAGUGACCAGCACAAGCAUACAAUCCGAUCUCAGCAACACGAAAAAUAACGAGAAAAUUGUGUCUGUGUACACAAAUCAAUAGAUUAAAAAUAGCGUGACCAUUUCACGAACUGUCGUGAGACCGUGUUGAAAUUAUCAUCCCCACAAUAAUAGCAGUGACCUCAAAGUGAUUUUGAGAUGCUUAAAGAAAUUGGCCUUUAACUAAUGUUUGUCAUGGAGCCCACUAGGUACCCAUCAACCUUGGAAGGGGGUUCCCUCUUGCGUGGUUCUUCUCAAGGUUUCUUCCUUCUUUACCUGUUAAAAGGUUUGAAGGGAGUUUUUCCUUGCCCGCUUGAAGGGAGGAGGGAGGGCCUUAACAUGUGGGCUUUGUUUGCACUCUUGAAAAUAGUUAAAUAUCUCUGGAAGUCUCCGGCAAUUACUG